AUGGAGAUCAGAAGGAGUCUUGAGGCGAAUUUUCUUACAUGUCGCAUUUGUAACAAUCCUUUCACUACUCCUAAGGUGUUAGCAUGCAUGCACACUUUCUGUAAGCCGUGCCUAGAGCAUGUUCUUGAACAGGAAACGCUGGAGGCAGCACGAAAGCGCCGCGAAUUAGAGCAGCUGCAGAGGUCCUCAGGUUAUUCUUCCACCUCCUCUGUAUCUCAAUACAAGGGACGCUGGACGCGGGCUUUCAAGACCACUGAUCACCAGUAUGACAAAUCACGACUCUCAGAUGAUUCUAUUCAAUGUCCACUGUGUACCAGAAAGACCACCUUGCCAUCCUCCGGAGUCCACGGUCUUCCCGAUGAUCAAAUGGCUGGAAAAUUGGCCUGUAUUGUUGGAAGAAUUCCCAACUAUCCGGUUUGCGACGUCUGCUCUUCAGGGAAUCCGGCUAUCUAUCCUGAUAUCGCUCUCACUGAUGCACCUUCGCCCUAUUCUAAACCUGAGAAUCACAGGCCAUGGACAGACGCAGAAAAUGGUGAUAGUACAAGUGAUAUUCAGCCUACAGAAGAUGAAGACGACCACUAUCGUAAUGGAGGACUUCUACAUCGAGGAAGUCUGGGCAACCGUUCGCGUAGCAGUCGCCGUCAUAUCCGAAAUGGACAGAAAAAAAUGUCAAUGAACGCAUCAGAUGAUGAACUAUUUGCAUCUUCAUCGAGUUAUAAACCGACCAGACCCAAUGAAGCCGUUGCUGCAUGUCUAGAGUGUGCGAAACGUCUGUGUGAUUACUGCUUGAAAAAUCAUGCAAAAGUAGCUGUUACAGCCAACCAUGUAAUUAUUCAAUUGGAUCAGCUUACUCAAAUGUCAUGCUCUCGACAUCCACGUGAAGCCAAACGCUUUUUCUGUUUAACAUGUGGAGAACUGGUAUGCCUUGUCUGUACGUUUGAAUCAAGCGUUUCAGGCUUAAACUGUGAGGGUGCCAAUGAAGACCUCUCUCAUGCGGCAGGUCACGCUGAUCACGAAGUUCUGUCGAUUCGUCAGGGUCUCAUAAAUCUCGAACAAAACGUUAACAAGUCAAUUUUCGAUUGCAAACAGAAGGCUGAACGCUUGGAGCUUCUACUUCUCGGCUUAAAAUCCUGUGCCUCAAAUGUGCUUUCUAUCAAGUCCGCAAUCAACGCGGCUGCUGGUAACCUGAUAAACAGUAUCGCAACACAGAAGGAGAACCUGCUACGUGAACUGGAUAUGGACGUAGGCGUCACUUUAGAUCAACUGACCUCACAGUGUGAGACUAUAGCAGCCUCUCUCGCUAAUUGGGAUGAAAUUAAGGAUGAAGAUGACGUAAUGGAAGCUAUCUAUACUCUCCACCCCGUCGAGGCUCUAAUCGAAGCAAGUCAUAUACGUGAGAAGUAUUGCAGUGUUUUGGGAGAGCUUAGCGCUUCCCUUCCAAAUCAAGAAAACUGGUCUCAGUUAAUCAAGGAGAUCGAAACAUUGGAGCAUAAUUUUUCUCAACAAGUGAACGUCAAAUCGAAGGAAGAUAAUGGAGGCAACGAAACAGGCAAUGAGACAGACAGCUCCUCAGUUACAAGCAACAGCCCUCAAAAGGCAUCCAAAAGAGUUCGAUUUGCUCCUCCAGCCGAAGCCGCUGGCAUGAUACCGCCCUCCUAUAGCGCCCAUUGGACUCGUCGCCUUGGUAAGUUCAUACCCGGUGAGGGCGCCAAUUUGGGGAGACGCGCGACACCAGGCCAACUGGCCGCCCAGGCGUUCGCCAACCGGGAGAAGUUUGCCUGCAAAGCCGUGCAAGCCAGUCCCACGGACGUGAACGGACGACCUUUGCCGGCGGAGCGCGACUCACGACGCCACCGGGCCAUUCAAGUAGAUCUCCAACCUACCAAUCAAACUGAGACCAGCAUGCAGACGGAGGCCUGCAGCGCGAAUGCCAUUCAACGUAUUAGAGUGGACUUCGGAACGCAGUACCAGAGCUCUGACGUCAACAUGCCUCUAACAUUCUUCCGAAGUUCCAAGCAGAUUACCGUGCAAAAGUAG